CUGCUGCUGUUCAAACCGGGAGACUGGUGGCCUGAAGAGGAGGAAGAGCGGGAUCUACAACUGAGCAGCAAGACCAAACACAUUCUGGAGCAGAAGUUCAGCAUGUUCGACCACAGCGAGAAGAGCCACGCAUUCGUGGAGUACACCUUCAAGAAACUCACCUACUGCGACUACUGCAGAAACCUACUCAGAGGCAUAGUGAAGCAGGGUCUGAAGUGCAAGUACUGCAAGAUGGCAGUGCACACCUCCUGUUCUGAGAACGCCUCCUACUGCACACGACAGCCGAAAAUUACUCCUCAUGGCUGGCGUACAGAGCGGUCAAAAUCAGUUUUUGAGGAGAUAGACCCCGUGUUUAAUGCAAUCCGAUAUGCCUCCACCCUCUCGUCGCACAACAGGACAGAGAGCAUCUCUAGUAAUGGAUCCAACCACUCCCACGUCAACAAGCGUGAAUCGACCGACCUCGGCUACCGAACAGACUCCCGAUCGCCCAGCAGAUUCAACUCAGGGAGCGGCCAGACGACGUCCAGCAGCGGAACCAGUGGCGCUGGAAACUCCUCCUCCUCUCCUUAUUUCCACCACUCGGCGACCAAUCCUAACUUCGGCGCCUCCCGUCAUGAGUCAAUAAGUGGACCGCCGGCUGGGGCGACUUCCAACCAUUCGGGCGGCGGUGGAGCAGGAGGCCAGUCGCAACUCAUGGUACCUUCAGGGCACAAUGGCGCAACAUCGGCAGAUGCCGCUAACUUGGUCGGCAACGAGCGAACUUUCUCCAAUGAGAGUUGCGAUUCAUUGUCUAAGUCAGCUAGUAGUAAUGGAUCAAGAUCACCGCCGCCGUCGCCGAGGAUUAACCCUUCGUCCAAACGGGCUGGUGGCAGCGGCCUCCGAACUCAAUACUGUCUUGUCACUCGUGACUUCCUCGGUUCCAAGUCCGACGACCUACCGAUCAAGCGGGGUGAUGUUGUCACCAUAAUAGCACAAGACAGUCAUGAUUGGGUGCGCGGUGUGUGCAAAGGUUUGGAGGGAUAUUUCCCAGAGUCAUUCGUCAUCAUUCCUGGUCCCGAAGACUCUUUGAUGCGGGUGACUCAUACUUAUAGUGGCAACUCAGACAGUGUCGAUGAAUUAUCUCUAGUUAAAGACCAAGUUGUGGUCUACCAGGGAGAGGAACAACCGGGCUGGUGCUAUGUCAAGAGCGAAUUCAAUGAAGGCGGAGUUUUCCCUCUCUGUUACCUCACAAAAUAUAGAUGAGGAUCUAAAUUAUCUUGUCCCGAGGACAUGACCUCGUUGAUUAACAAAUGCUGAGUUGAUCAGUGUGCUGCAACCGGCAUUCGAACACAGCUUCCUUCUUCGCCCGAUAUUUCGCUUCUCAACCGCAAAUUAAUAACCAAUCGACAAACUUCGCAAUUAGCACUCAACCUAGACGUAUCUUGAUUUCCAAAACUUGUAAUUGUACAUAUAAUAUUUGAAUUUAUGAUUAUUAUUGGAUUACAUUUAUCCCAUUAUUUGUAAUUUACAGAUAGAAAUUAACCUGGACAGAUAUUAUUCAAA